GGUGAUCUGAUCCCGCGCCACGUCCACAUCUUCAAGAGCAACGAAUUCUUCAUGGGCGUGUCCAUCCCGGACCCGGACUCCAUCAUCCCCCUCGAGCAGAGGAUGCCCCGGGAGCUGGGCCCCAGGGGGAUGGACUUCCUCAAGAUGUCUGGAGAAGGACCCGGCGCUGAGGCCGACGUGUGCCCAACUCCUGCAGCACUCGUACUGGGACGGCUUCACGUGGAAACUACCCGACAGCCACCUGGCGGCGUUCGAGCGAAUCCGACGGGUAAGAGCCCCGAGCGAGCGUCAGUCGACGCAGAACAGCCCCCCGGGGCCCACCCAGAUCCCGGUCUUCCACAGCUUCUCUCACGUAAUCCGAUCUUUCGAGACUCUUUGUAGGCUUCCCGC